CACUGCAGCAGUAGUGUGGCGAGUCAGGGACACAAGCCAUCAAUGUAUGGUGAUGAUGGUGUCAGAUACACCUGGGGUAUUGUUUUUCAGGCGUGGCGUCCGCCUCUACUACGAGCAGUAGAUAAGAAGCCACCCCUGCCCCCAUUGCUUUGCAUGCACAUGGCUGCCUCUCGUUUUCACCUCACCUGCAACAAAACCCGCCGAGAGAUUCAGAAAAGCCAGCCGCGUCAAGUCUGAACCUGAUAGCUUCUUCCCUGUCUCACAAAUAUCACCCAAGACUGUGAAGCGAGUGAGCUCACACAGUCACACACAUUACCUUCUUCCUUAGCUCUCUCACCCAAAGUCGUCUCGUUCACAUUGCCCUGGUGCUCGCUCAUGGGCGCUGGCUGCGGCUUGUGAGGGACGCGGAAGACGAACACCUCCUGAAGGCUGCUCCGGUUCUUGCAUGGCAGGAGCUCGAUGGAGUACAAGACGACCCAGCGCCGCGCUGCUGCUCCUCCUGUGCGCUUUCCUCUGCGCCGUCCUGCUGCUCGUGCCGGCGGCUCGCCGGGGAGAGGAGACCGAGAGGCUUCCUGCCGCGUCGUCGUCGUCGUCAUGGCCCGCCGGCGGGCGGCGCGCCCUCCCGCAACCGGGCGCGGCGAGGUCGAGGCGGUUCCGGGCGCGGGGGCGGUGGAACUCGGCGGGGCUCGGCGACAGCAAGCAUGAGGUCCCAAGUGGACCCAACCCGGACUCCAAUAGGUAGAGGUAAGGUAGUAGAGGAGUUUAGUGGUAGAUCCGUUCACAGUGCAGUGAUGCUCCAUUGCUGGAAUCUCUGGAUGGAGCUCGCUGCUCUUGGAUAGUUCUCUAGCUCUAUGCUUCUGCUCAUAUCUCCUUUCUUCUUCUGCACAAACAGAUGAACAUUAUUAUCUAAAUGCAUUAUGAUAAAUCGCCA